GGAACUGAAGCUCUCUUUGAGCCCAUGCUUUGGUACGGUAAGUUGGGUUAUUGAUAACAGCAAUGGUUUGGGUUUAUCUUGGGCUCUGGGUGUUCUUGUUGGGGUGUAGCCCCUCACAGCUGCAUGGGCAGGUUAUUCUAGGUAAGGGGGAAGUGUGUGGAGGGGCAGUGGAGGGCCAGUGUGACACCAACCUCACAUGUGUUUCUGUGAAGCCCGCUGACAAGGAGCAAACACCCAGUGCUGGACUCUGCAGCCCUCCCCUUGCCCCAGGCUGUGUGCCAUGCUCUGGAGUGCUGUGUCCCCGUGCCAGGCGAGUCUGCCCUGGGGGACAUGUCACUGAGCCGUGUGGCUGCUGCCCACAGUGUGCCCGUCAGAUGGGCCAGGUGUGUGGAGGCCCCCACUGGGAGAAAGGCUACUGUGACAGAGACCUCACCUGCACCCUGUUCACCGGACGCAGCCCUGCCAGACCCCCACACACCGGCGUGUGCAAAGUGUUACUUGGGCAUCAGGCAGACCCCCUGGCAGACCCCCUAUGCCCCUGGAUGUGGGGCUGCAACGUCAGGGCAGGGGCCUGUGACUGCUACUCCCUACAGACUUGCCACGCUGCCUUCUCCUAUCACAGUUUGGACCAAUGUCUCAAAACAAUGAGAGGGGAUGAGCUCUGGAGUGAGAUGGAGGAACAAGGGGAGCAUACAUGUGUGGAAUGGGGCUGUGAGUUGCAGGGAAGCCAGUGUGUGUGUUUGGAGAGGAGCUGCUACUCACCCACACCAUUAUUCUCUGAAGACACCUGUGAAAACAUGCUGCAGAGAGCUCGCUGCAGCAAUGUUAACUGCCCUGAGGUCCAAGUCCCUUCCUGCCCUGCUGAUUCCUUCCUCACUGAGCCUUACAUUCCUCAUGGCCAAUGCUGCCCCCUGGUGCCAGCUAUCUGCACAUGCAACUUCGAUAAAUGCCCGUUGGCACCCCCGACCUGUCCUCCUGGCCAGCAAGUCCACGGUGUGGAGAGCAGGAAUGGUCUUCCAGGGGCUUGUUGUCACCAGUACCAGUGUGUGUAGGGUUAGGCACUGCUUAGGCAGGAAAGUUUGAUGAGAUGAUGACAGACAAAGCGAAAGAAGAGAGAAGGGGUAGACAGGCCAAAGGAAAGUGCCAGGACCUCACACAGAGCUGGACUCGACAGACAGGACUCCACUGGUUAAUAGCUGAUGGAUUGCAUGGGCAAUUUUAUAUGCAUUAUGACUCACACAUUGCCUACAGUUUUUAUUUCUGAAAUCAUGGCAUUAAUAGCUUUUUUUGAGCAACGUAGCCUAAAUGUAACUAAAACCAUUUAACUAAAUUCUAAUACAUUCUAAUACAUCACUGAUAAUGGGUUGGGAGGAAUAGGCUACUGUGCCCGUGGUAGGAUACUGGAUGCCAUGUGCAUAUUUUCAUAAUAAAGGAAACAAUAGACCCCUCUU